AUGAGGAAAGCAACAAAACUCCGUGGUUCUGACGCAAUCACCAAAUUUGGCAAGUUGCUUUCGGGUGGUGUGCUCUUCGCAACACUGUUGUUUGUAUUACUGUCUGCUGCCGCCCCUUUUGCUGACGCCGCUGUUGCGUUGCCGCAGUGUGCGUGGGUAUACGCCGCCAAGGAGGGUGAGAUUACCACCAGUCUGCUGCAACGUUCGUGGGACCUUGACGCGUGUGCUGGCAAAUACGUGACGCUGACUACGAUGGCUCCCGCGCUGUCAGGUUUUGUCAUUCCUAACACCCACCUUCUCGUCGUACAGUACACACCCACCAUCACAGGUCUGAUGGAGGGUGAGGUGCGCUACGUUUCGCAGCGACUGAGCGUCAUGUGUGACGUCUUCACGCCGCUUUGCAAACAGGCCUCUGUGUACUACGUUGUACACGGAACACAAAACACGGGGCCCACUAAUGAUACAACGACGACGACAACGACAACCACCACAACUGCAGCACCCAUUCCCUUUGCGCCCUCGUGCCCCCCCGAUGGUGUUCUUCCUGUGGUAAGGACGAAUAUAACGGUUCCCGCGCGGCUUGAACCACUUAGUUAUGUGGAUAACUGUCUUGCCCCGCGGCAUAUUAUUAUCAGCAAAGUGAGUGAUACAAUGAAGAAAUUAUUCUACAUUGAAAAGGGCUCCAUUCUCUGGUUUGAUCGUAAUGCUGAAAACCAAGAUGAGGGUGUCUUCAGCGUCGAACUUACUGUUUACUGCAACGAGGUGGCUUCUUGUUUUAAUAUUCAGGCAAGUUUUACUGUUGUGAAGCCUUCCCUCCCUCCAACUGAGAAUCCACCAAACUGCAGCCUUGCUUACGGCUUCCGCGUGUUCUUUUCGCAGAAUGUCUCGCUUACGAUUACGCCACACAAAGAGGAUGCAUGCCCAGCCGGCCAAAAGGCCGUCUUUACUCUUGUAUCGCCGCCGAAGUAUAAUGCAGAGGCUUUCCAACUGGAUAAUAACACAGGUAAGUUUUAUUACGCUGCACCGACUGUACAAUGGGUGACCUCUGACGUAUUUGUGUUUGUCAUUAGCUGUGCGGUGGACACCGAUGGCACCAGUCAUCCACUCUGCACGGGGCUUGCUAAAAUUAUUGUGACCUCGCCCCCCUCACCAACACCACCACCACCACCGCCGCCAGCCAAAGAGGUGGAGUGCCCGGGAAACUUUGUGUUUAACUAUGAAAUGGGCAAUGAAAGCAAAACUGCACCAAAUACCUACAAUCUUUUUUUGGAAGCAGGCCGCGGUGAGAAUGUUUCGUUCUGCCCUGGUGGUAUUUAUACCAAGGCAGAACUGCGAACGAAAACCAGCACUGGUAACUUGGUUGGAUUUAACAAUACUUCAGGCGUUUUUCAAUACGUGUCGUCCAGCAAAUCCGUUGACCAUUUUGACUUUGCUCUGACGUGUGCUACAGGACGUGUAUGCAAUGGAAGUGCCACAUUGCAGCCCCGCAAAAAUCCCACACCGUCGCCGGAAUAUCCCUCGACGGUGUAUGAUCUUGGACAUAUUGUUUGCAGGGGCACUUGUGACGCUUCUGCGUGGCGUUCUUCACCGCGUUAUCCGGGUCUUUUUGAUGUCACAGAUUGGCCACAGAAAGGACGCAGCCACGUGACACCCCGCCGCGAUGGUAAGUCACCAGAUGAUAUGGAUUUUGAGCUUCGUAUGGAGGGGAACGCGUUGUUGCUGCGGGCGUAUACGAUUAUUGGUAAUAUGGCUGCUCGAUUUGUGACAUUCACACCUGUGGGAGACUCAAAGAGUGCAUUGUUGACAUCAGCCUACGUGCCCGACGGUGCACAUGUGUCUUUCAAUGCAUCAUGCCUUGACCAACAGGCAAGAUCUGGAGUCGCCUCAGACAUCUGGACCUGGGACGAUGCUUCAGAGACAGAGGGCGGGACCACUCUGCGCGGGCAUCUGAAUACAGUAACUGACGCGUACAAGAGCGGCGAGAAUUAUUUUCAAAAGUUUGGUGGAAAACACCGAGACUGUGACGUGUACCGUAGUGAUCCAUGCAAGUACGCCCCAAUGCUCACGCCUGCCUCCACCACAGGUGUCUCCAUCGCCAACGAUGCAAACGCUGAAGGUGUUAUUGACUGGAAGUUAUACGUGAAUAAUUGUGAGGCCACAUGGGUGGGAAAUGUUUCUCUUAACCGUCUUCGCAUGCUACGCAACAGUACCACCAAUGAACCACUUUUCAAAGCGGUAAAUAAAAGUCUGUUGGUGGGUACUAUUUACACGCAGGUUGUAAAACCCGCAAGUUGGGUGCCACCAUACAAGGGCAUUUUGUCCAUGCAACGAGCGUACACGGUGAGAAUUUCAAUAGACGACUCAGUUGGCACCGAAGUUGAGGUAUUUCAGGUGAAGUCUUCGGCGGGAGUGCAAGCGGAAGUGGCAACGAAGACGAAUAAAGUGGAGAACAUUUCACGGAUACAAUCAAAGCUUUCAUCGGUGGUGGAAUUGCCAGGGAGCGAGAACGGUUUGUUUCAGGGUUCCUUCAAUGUCUCGAUCGAUGUGCGGUUUGCUGCUGCCAAAGAUCCCAUAACAGGAGAGCGUCUAUACGGAUACGCCCUUCUGAUAUAUCCGUACCAAUUAAAUUACUCCCACAUUAAGUACAGUGUUCCAAUGUUGGUUCACCUCAACGCCACUCAGCUGCGUGCGACGGAGGUUCAACUUUUGAAUGCCUCCUGGACGACCCCAAAUCUACAUGAUUGCGCCCAAUGUACCGGCAAAGCCGUAACAUGUGCAGGCACUGGGUCUGGCCUUAACCUUGACUGUGAUCCUGUCAUCCGCUUUGAGCCAGCAGGAAAUGUCUCUCUCUUCCACGAGUCUGGGUUGACUAGUGAAAGCGAGGGACAGUUUCUUAAUAUUUCCCUAAUUGCACGCGUGGUUGGAAGUGGGACGGCACUCUCCGCCACUGGGCAUCCUGAAGGUUCCUUUGCAUUGCGUUUACGGUUUCCCGACUCCGAGACCAUCGUCGUUCAUGUGAAACAGCUUGCAUACAUUACAGGUGUUAACACCAUCACACACUAUGCGUUGUGUCGCUCCUCGGCCUACUGGCCUGUACCGGAUGUUCUUGGUGGUUCGGUCCCUGCUAAUCCGUUCAACAGCUCUCAAUUAUUACACGACAUUUUUACUCAGCCAUUGAAUGGAAAGGAUAAGACUAAAAAGAAACCGUAUUACGGUGUUCCAAAACCUUUACACAGUGAUGCCUUUUGUGCAGCAAAUAUUAACCCACAUCGACCGGGGCAUAUCUUUUUGAAUAGUACAACGACCAUAGUAACCGACGACGGUGUUGAUGCCGAGGCUCAAUCUGGGUCAUCGACUGUACAGUUGUCACUUUGCACAGCUCCGGAUGAACAGGUGUACGGAGUAACAGACUGGGUUUAUCUGACGUUGCGUGAUCAACUGAAGCCUUUAAAUACGUCAAUCCUUGCGAAGAUGUCACUGGAGUACCUCAUUCUUUCUGUUGAUGCAAAAGAUGUCUUGGGUGUUUUUCACUCCAACAGCAGUGACAAUAAUAUCAGGGAAUCAAAAUUAUACUUUGUACUCGAUGGAGCAUCUUUGCCAGAUAAGAUGAAUGAUGGUGAGUUGGGCGAAGAAGCGGAACGUCAACAUUGGAUGGGUGAGACUCCAAUAGGGAAUUCUACGGUGUAUUUGCGGUGGGAGAAGUACGCUGCUUACCUACAUUAUCGACGCAUUUACCUUCGUUUGUGCCCGUCAAACAACCAAGAUGAAGAAUGUGUGCAUGAACCGUUUCAUUUCGCAUUUGUGCCAGGAUCACUUUUGUAUCGUGGCAGUCCCGUUCGUGUUACGUUUCACCUGCAUGCAGGUGUGCGUUAUACCUCCACAGAUGAUGUCGGGGAGUCAUGGGUGGAGGAGCACAUUGCCAGGAUUCCUGUAUCUGCGCAAAUUUCCUCAGCCCUGCGGUUUGACCGUGACGUUUACACCCCACGUGUGGUGCCACGGAGUACUGGUGGACUGAGCAAAAAGUCGGCUAGGGCGCUCUUCGUGAUUCUUGCUUUGUCUAUUGUGGCGGUGUUGGUAGCUGCUAUUUACAUUGAAAUUUACUACAAACGUGUCCUGCGUGUCGCAAAGCGUCGUCUGCGGCAUCAUCCCAACUGUAGCGAAAAUCGCCUUGACAAGCGGGGGCCGCCAGGCGUGAUAUUUUCGCCUUUGGAAGAUAAGGACGGAAGAGCGUGGCGAGACGGCGUUGAAAUGGCUGGCGCAGCGUCUGGUGGAAGGUCGGCGAAUCAACUGACGCCGAAGGAGUCGCCAGAGUCACCCGGUAUCCGGACAGGAUACGGUGUGGUGCAGGUGGAGCCAGCCCGUGCGCAGGUAUCGGAAGACAAUUUUGGCGGCGAGACGUCUCCGACAAGUUCCCCCCAGCUGCGUGUGGAAUAG